UCCAUAUCUCCAGCUCUCACUUUUUCUGCGCUGUUCACAGCGUGCUGGAGAGAACGUGACGUUACUGAUAAUGCAGUUGCUGUUGCUUUACCCUGGCAGUGCAACGUUAAUAUGCAUUGAGAAACCGGUUCUGUGGGAAGAUUCAGCACUUUUCUAUGGGACAGCUCCUCUGCUCCACGUAUUUGAAAGACUUUUCCAGAGUCCGGGAACAUUUGCUUUGAAGUAACGUGCGCUCAAGAGCGCACAAAACCUUUUUGUUCCAGAGCUGAAAAACACAUUUUUACGUACCGGGAAUGUAGCAGUAGUCAGUGCCAGGAAACCGGUGACUACCGACUGCGGCACAUUGUGGAGUUUUCCAUUGGACCUUUCUUCAUUUUAAAGAGUGAUAGAGAUAAUUUGGCGUGCAAUAUGACACAGAUGAAGACGUUUUCGAAGGAUACCUCUAAAUUAUAUAGACGAUUUUGGGCACUUUACACCUGUAUGCACCAAUACCUUUGAUCAAACGUGUCAAUGGUGGAACCAAAGUGUGGUCAUGGACGAGGGAUAAUGGUGCAAAACACUGAAAGGCUGUAGUAUCUGAUUGUACUUCGACUAAUACCCCAGAGCACAAUGUCGGCGAAUUGGUCCAUUCUGCUACCAACAGUCUCUUAUGACAACUCCUCCACCCCUCCCUCCAUGGCCUCCUCCUCCUUCUUCUCCUCUAUCUCUCCAUCCUCGCUGCCUCCUCUGCCUGACUGGGAGGCCCCCACCUUCACGGUGGCGGCCCGCUUCCGCGUGGCGGCCACGGCGGUGCUCUUUGUCUUCGCCGCUGCCAGCAACCUCGCCGUGCUGCUGAGCGUGACACUGGGCCGCGGCCGCCGCCUCGCCUCGCACCUGCGGCCGCUUAUCGCCAGCCUGGCCUCGGCCGACCUGGUCAUGACCUUCGUGGUGAUGCCGCUGGACGCCGUUUGGAACGUGACGGUGCAGUGGUACGCCGGCAACAUCAUGUGCAAGCUGCUGUGCUUCCUCAAGCUCUUCGCCAUGCACUCGGCCGCGUUCAUCCUGGUGGUGGUCAGCCUGGACCGACACCACGCCAUCCUUCACCCACUGGAUGCCCUGGAUGCUGGACGACGCAACAAGAGGAUGCUGUUCGUCGCCUGGACCCUAAGCCUGCUACUGGCCUCCCCACAGCUGUUUAUCUUCCGGGCGGUGAAAGCAGAGGGGGUGGACUUCGUCCAGUGCGUGACCCACGGAAGCUUCCAGCACCGCUGGCAGGAGACGGCCUACAACAUGUUUCACUUCGUCACCCUCUAUGUCUUCCCACUGCUUGUCAUGAGCUUCUGCUACACGCGCAUCCUCAUUGAGAUCAACCGGCAGAUGCAUAAGAACAAGGCCACUAAAGGAGGCGGAGAGCCCUGUCUUAGACGGAGUGGGACGGACAUGAUCCCCAAGGCGCGGAUGAAGACCUUGAAGAUGACCAUCGUGAUCGUGGCCUCCUUUGUGGUGUGCUGGACGCCCUAUUACCUGCUGGGCAUUUGGUACUGGUUCCAGCCACAGAUGCUCCAGGUGACCCCGGAGUACGUGCACCAUGCCCUCUUCGUCUUCGGCAACCUGAACACCUGCUGCGACCCGGUCAUUUACAGUUUCUACACGCCGUCGUUCCGCGCUGACCUGGCACGAUUUUGGCGCAGGCGCCGCCAGAACGCCUCGCCGAAAUCCUCGGACCACCUGUCGGGGCGCAGGGGCGGAGCCAGUGGGGAGGCGGAGUCAGACAUGGCCAGUGGGGAUCAGCCAAGUGGAAACAUGACCUAAAAUGGUCCGAGAACUUCCCGUGUGGACGCCGCGGACUUCAGGAACAGGACACGUAGCCGUGUAGGACCAGUGUUGAACCAAUGUUGGACCAGUGUGGGACAUUCUCCACCAUGAAAUGCCUUGCAGCGUCUCCUGUCUUUGGGGAUAUCGUCUUGAGUAGGCCUGCUGCCUAUUCAUGUUAUUCUCUUGCUGUAACAGACUGGAUAAUUCCAUUGCCCUACAUGUGUACUUUGCUUCUGACUUGCAGUAGUGACGAUGUCUCAUGCCAUAUGGCCUUCAAGAUCACCUUACCUCAGUAUUUAGUGAAUGAGUAAAUGUUCACUGAUGAUUGCAAAACUGCUUGGGUCUCAUUACUACCUAUCAGGCUUUAACAAAAGAUUGCAGCCUCACAUGCCUAAGACAUGCUGGAUAUCAAUCUCCAGUUGCCCAUGUUCAUAUUCCAGUCAUCAAGGUGAAAAACAAAAUGGAUGCCCUAUUUAAUACACUUGUUUACUCCUCAGAGAAUGUUCCACAUUCCAGACGCAUGGAACAUGUAACAUAGCAGUUUCCAGUUGCCCAUUUUCAGAUUCCAGUCAUCAUAUUGGUUGAAUGACUUGGUUUCAAUGUUACCCUAUUUGAUAUGCCUAUUUACUCCUCAGAGAAUGUUCUACAUUCUAGACGCAUGACACAACGAUCUGUAGAACAGUAUAAAGCACAGUUUGUUGCUUGUCACCUUUUAGAAUGUAAUUUAUUAUGCUUUAGAUCAAUGUAUAUGGACACAUUUAUCUGGGUAACAAUGACAGGUAAGUAUCUUCUUUGAAAGUGUACAUGUUUCAAAAGUGGUAUUUAAAGCAUUCAGGUACUUGCCAACAGAGCAUAUGCAGUGUUCUCUAUGAGCUCUUGGUCUACAUGCCAGUGAAAUAAUUUCUAGGUACUUGAUGUUGAACUUGUUCAGACCUAGUUCAGAUUGUGCAGUUUUUCCACCCAAACAUGUUCAAUUGUGUAAAAAAUGAUAUGCAUGUCUUUGACAGGAACUAUGUUUUUAUCCUAUGGUGUUAAAUGUGUGAAAUUGCAGUCUAUAGUGGUAUUGGGUCAUAUCUGUGAGUAACUCUGAAUGUAACUGCCAUGUUGUUGUAGUAAUAUAUAUG